AUGAUUGCUGAUUUGCAAAGAACCGAAGCCGUUAAGGGGGCCCUGCCAGUUGGCCAGAACUCUCCCCAAAAGCCUCCGUUUGGCCUCUACGCCGAGCAGUUAUCCGGAACAGCCUUCACGGCUCCUCGACAUGAGAACCUGCGAACAUGGUUGUACAGGAUAAUCCCCGCAGCUUCUCACCGACCGUUUGAGGAGGUUGAUGCCUCAACCUAUCAUACCAGCCUGAGCAAGGAUGCCACUUCCCUCCGCCAGAUCCCCAACCAGCUACGAUGGAACCCCUUUGACCUUGAUGAGAAAGUUGACUGGGUUCGUGGCCUGCACCUGGUCGCUGGUGCUGGUGAUCCCGCUACGAAGCAUGGGCUGGGUAUUCUGCUCUUCGCCGCGGGCAAAGAUAUGGGAAAAGAAGCCUUCUACUCUGCAGAUGGUGACUUCUUGAUCGUCCCUCAGCACGGAGUAUUAGACAUCCAGACCGAGCUGGGCAGAAUCCUUGUCCGUCCUAAUGAGAUCUGUGUUAUUCCCCGAGGUGUCCGCUACCGCGUUACCCUCCCCGAAGGUCCUGUCCGAGGAUACAUCUGUGAGUUGUACCAGGGACACUACCAACUCCCCGAACUCGGCCCCAUUGGAUCCAAUUGUCUGGCCAACCCCCGCGACUUCCAAGCUCCUGUCGCUUCCUUCGACGACGAAGAGGAGCCUAGCGAAUACACCAUCCUCAGCAAAUUCAACAACACCCUCUUCCGCGCCACCCAGCCUCACACACCCUUUGAUAUCGUCGCCUGGCAUGGCAACUACUAUCCUUUCAAGUAUGACCUAGGCCGAUUUAACACUAUCGGAUCCAUCUCCUACGACCACCCUGACCCCUCUAUCUUCACUGUCCUCACUGGCCAAUCUGACCACCCCGGCACCGCCAUCGCGGACUUUGUCAUCUUCCCCCCGCGCUGGCUGGUGCAGGAGGACACCUUCCGGCCCCCAUGGUACCACCGAAAUACGAUGUCUGAAUUUAUGGGCUUGAUCAGUGGAGACUACGAUGCCAAAACGGCAGGAGGUUUCAAGCCGGCUGGUGCAAGCUUGCAUAAUGUCAUGAGUGCCCAUGGCCCGGAUGCGGCCAGCCACGAAGGCGCUUCCAAUGCCGAACUCACUCCAAAGAAGGUUGGCGAAGGCAGCAUGGCCUUCAUGUUCGAAAGCUCCAUUUUCCUCCGUUCUACUGCUCACGUCUUGACUAGUUGCUUGAUGGUUGGCGUGUCUGAAUGGGGUCUGAAGACCUGCCAGAAAGUCCAGGACGACUACAAUGAGGAGAGUUGGACGCCACUGAAAAGAUACUUCAAAAACCCAAACAAGAAGUAA